AUGAAUGUCAUCUUCAAAUUUCAAGAUGUGACUGAAAUCGUGAAUGAUGGAGUACCGAUAUUGGAAGAGAAUGUGAACAAUGUUCAACAAGUUGUGCACAAGGAACAAAGAAAGAAAGAUGGAAAAGUUUUAUUCUUGAUCCAUCAAUGUGUGGAUCCUAACGUGUUUGAGAAUAUCAUUGAAGAAGAAACAACAAAAGGAGUGUGUGACAAGUUAAAGAACGUGUACGACGGAGAUGAAAAAUUGAAGAGGGUGAAGUUGCAAACAUUGAGAAAGCUAUUUGAGAUUAUACAAAUGAAAGAAGAUGAGUCGGUUUCAAAAUUCUUUACGGAUGUAGUAUCGCUAACAAACCAGAUAAAGGCGAAUGGUGAAUCAAUCACUGAUCUACAUAAGAUUGAGAAAGUAUUGAGAUCUAUGAUUGCAAACUUUGGUUACAUUGUCGUGUCCAUUGAAGAGUUCAAGAAUCUAGCUGAGAUGAAAGUGGAAGAACUUCAAGCUUCAUUGAAGGCUCGUGAGAUGAGACUGAAGCAGAGGAACUCGGGGAGGAAAAAAGUGGUUGACAGAGAUUUUCGAAGAGAAAAGGAAUCUAUAGCAAAAGAUGAUUACGAAGUGAAAUAUGCACAUGUUGGAGAAAGCGACACAAAUGAUAUGCUACUCAUGAAAAAUACCCAGUCGAACAAUGAGCAAACCAACAUGUGGUAUUUGGAUUCAGGAUGCAGCAACCACAUGACUGGAAAUAAAAACUGGUUUAUCAAGUUGGAUGAAUCAGUCAACAAAGUGACCAAGUUUGCAGACGGAAAGCAUGUUACAUCAGAAGAAAAAGGAAAUAUAAUUAUGGUUAGAAAUGGCGGUCGAAGAGCCAACAUUACUGAUGCAUUAUAUGUACCUUCAAUGACAAGUAACUUGAUAAGCACAAGUCAAUUACUUUCCAAAGGGUAUAAUACGAAGUUGGAGGAAAAUAUAAUGAAGGUAUAUAAUGGUGAAGGAAUGAUAAUCCUGAAGGCACCAUUGGUAGAUAACAAAACCUUUAAGAUUGAGAUCAACAUGGUUGAUCACCAAUGUCUUGCAUUAACUACUGUCGAAUACAAGAAAUGGCUAUGA